UUCAGACCUUUCAACAGGCAACACAUAACUGUGAGUGAAUCUUCAGAAAGAAAUACAAGAUGGAACUGAGUCUAUCAGUCAUGGACAGCUACAACUGGGCCCGUCAGCAGAUUUCCAGCAUUUUCAGCGGGACAGAACAGGAGGCUCUGAUCGAGCAGGUCGAAGAGCUAAAGGCUCAGAUCCAAAAGGCACAGGAACACAUUUCCUCUCAGGAACAAAAGGCCACAGAGCUCUCCAUCAGUCUAAAGUCAGAGAUGUCUGAAAACGAGUGUCUCUGGGACCAGGUGGAGUAUCUGACAAACAAGCUCCACAGAGAGAGGACCCGGAGACAGCAGGAGAGCGAUCUGUUCAAAAAAGAGAGAGCUAGGUGUUUCGAGGAGAAAACUCUAAGGAGGCAACUUGGUCAACAACUGGAGGAAGCAAAAAAACAGCUGGUUGAUCAGAAGAGCCAAGAGGAGCUGUUUGCAAAGAGUAACUCACACACCAAAAAGGCGUCAGUGUACCAGGAGCAGAUCCAGAGGCUGAGAGCUGAGCAGGAUGCCCUCCGUCAACAAUUGGAGCAGAAAAUCAAACUACUGCAACAAGAUGCCUCUGAGAGGGAGAAGUCCUUCUGCAGGGAGUUGGAGGACCUGAAGAUCCAGAUCUCAACAAACCUCAAGGAAGAGGUCAGUCAGGCCCAGGCUGCACAACUCGUGGAAGACCUGAAGGAUGAGGUCUGCGAGCAGGAGGAGGAGGAGGAGUCCAUUCCUUCUUUACAGGCACCUGAACUCCUGGAAGAGGCCAAAGACUCUGAGGAGAAGGCUCUAGAGAAAAAGAGGAAGCCUGCGUUCUGGAAAAGAAGCCACCAAUUCCUCGGCUUGAGGAGAAAAAAGGAGAAGCGGGAGAAGGAGUCCAUUUCCAACUGAGUGAACUUUUCCAACCUCAGCAGCUGUAAAAGGCCACAAGGCUCAAAUUAAAAAAAAAAAAAAAAAAUGUGCACAGUAAA